UGUGAACAAAUCUCCCCACAAUGGAAGAUGCGAUUGUUCCCCAGGAAGUUGUGGGCAGGCACAGUGAUGUGUUACCUUUCUCAUUGCCUUGCGCAGCACCUAAGAGCCAAGGCAGCCUUGAUGCUCCUCACACGGCCAAGGCUUUGGAAGGCGCCAGACGCAUGGAAGCCGGAGACGCAUACUCCCCUCCCAGCCCCAGGCCCUCCGGCUCAACCGUCACCAUGAAAACCUUCCUGGGCCUCAUUGGCGCCUUCGUCAUUGUGCAGUUGGUCGGGACGGCUUUAUUUGGGUUGUAUCUACACAUGAAGCUGGACAAGGUGGGAGAGGAAAUGAGUUUAGGAGAAGAUGUUCUGUUUCUCCGAAGAUUGCAGAAGUGCCGAAAACCACAAGACGGUGAAGCAACCCUCCUGGAUUGUGCAAAGGUGUUGAAAAGCUUCCAGGAUCUGCAGGAUCCAACAAGCAAGGUUCCCCAAGAAAGCGCUCUUGCCAUGCAAAAAGGUGACAAGAGGCCAUCCGCAACCAUUCACCUGGCAGGUUCGAAGGACAGCAACAAAGUUUUGCAGUGGAAGAAGACCACUUACGCCCCAACGGAUGACGCAUUUUCGUACCAAGAUGGGAAACUCACUGUUGCCCGAGGAGGGCGAUACUAUAUCUACUCCCAGGUGGCCUUUUGCACCAACCCGGUGCCCCACUCGCCGUUCAGCGUCAACCUGUACCUUCACUUGCCCUUUGAAUCCGACAAGCUCCUACUGAAAGGUGUGGGCACCCACGGCGGGGCGGACGACGUCUGCGGCUUGCAGUCCAUUCACCUCGGGAGAGCCGUCGAACUCCAGCCGGGACACGCCGUCUUUGUGAAUGUCACGGACUCCUCUCGAGUGAACUACGACCACGGAAACACGUACUUUGGCAUGUUCGAGCUCUCCUAGGAGGAGUGGCCUCGCUUUGUGGAGCAACGCCGUGUCCCCCGUCCCAAAUAAUAUUUAUAAUCCCCUCCCUUCUUCUUCGUUGUGUAUUUUAUUUUAUUUAUUCACUAGCUGUGCCCGGCCACGCGUUGCUGUGGCGAAGUCCGGUGGUCUGGGAAAUAAAGUAUUGAGGAAUUGGUGGUCGUUAAGGUCAAGGGUAAAGUUUCCCCCUGACGUUAAGUCCAGUCGUGUCUGACUCUGGGGGUUGGUGCUCAUCUCCAUUUCUAAGCCGAAGAACCGGCGUUGUCCGUAGACUCCUCCAAGAUCAUGUGGGUCAAAGCAGAUAAUAUAAGAUUAUAAAUGGGUUAUAUAGAGGUGUGGAAGGGCCUUGAGUCUACACUGCCAUAUAAACCAGUGCAAAUUAGAUAAUCUGUGGAAGAGGCCUAAGUGAGGCCUAAGUCUGCCUGUCCCCUAACUGAACCCUGGCUGUCCCUUGGCUGAGUUGGUUGCUAGGAGACCAAGUGGGCAGAGAUUAGCCCUCAAAACUGGCAGCCAUUGGAUAAAAACAAUUAUUGCUCUCCCUCUAAUUAGGGCUUUAUUUUUCUUUUCUUUUUGUUGUAUCAACCUAGAGGAGUGGAUGACGGGUUGUGUUGUCAAAUUUCGAGGUUGGGGGGCCUGUAGUUUUGUUGUUUUGUGGGUCGCCGUGAUGCCAUCACUCAUUUAUAUAUAUAGAUGUUAAUCCCAGGAGCUGAAAUACAAUGCCGUGACGCCGUACCACUCCCAAAGUGUGUGGUAGUUGUAUAACAUUGUGCUAGGGUUAACAUAUCUUGUUUCCCCUAAAAUAAGACAUCCCCAGAAAAUAAGACCUAGUAGAGGUUUUGCUGAAUUGCUAAAUAUAAGGCCUCCCCCGAAAGUAAGACCUAGCAAAGUUUUUGUUUGGAAGCAGGCCCGCCAAACAGAACACCAGAACAUGCAGGAUCGGUAAAUGUACAUAUCAUAGAUUGUUGAACAUGGAAAUAUUGGUAGUAACAAGAAAUUCUUGAUAGGAUUCACAGUUUGUCUGGUUAUGCUGGUUUGUGAUGACAACUACUGUACAGUAUAUAAUAAAUGUUCAUUUUUUUGUUCAACAAUAAAUGUGAAUUCUUCUUCACUGAAGAAUAAGACAUCCCCUGAAAAUAAGACCUAGAGCAUCUUUGGGAGCAAAAAUUAAUAUAAGACACUGUCUUAUUUUCGGGGAAACACGGUAGUAACAUUGAAAGCAACUUCAUCUUGAAUCAGAUCCUUAGUCUGUCUAACUCAGUGGUUCCCAACCUGUGGUCCGUGGACCACCAAUGGUCCGCUAGACCGAAAAGAUGGUCCGCGGCCUCACCGUUAUUAAAAAGGUAAAGGUUUUCCCUGACGUUAAGUCCAGUCUUGUCCGACUCUGGGGAUUGGUACUUAUCUCCAUUUCUAAGCCGAAGAGCCGGCGUUGUCUGUAGACACCUCCAAGGUCAUGUGGCCGGCAUGACUGCAUGGAGCACCCUUACCUUCCUGCCGGAGCGGUACCUAUUGAUCUACUCACAUUGGCAUGUUUUCGAACUGCUAGGUUGGCAGGAGCUGGAGCAACAGCGGGCGCUCGCUCCACUCCCGGGAUUUGAACCUGGGACCUUUUGGUGUGCAAGUUCAGCAGCUCAGCGCUUUAACGCACUUCGCCACUGGGGCUCCUUAUAAAUAAUAAUAUAUAACAAAUAAAUAAUAUAAAUAAUAGGAAAGGGUUAAAGGAGAGGCAGUGGGGUCAUUCAAAUUCCACACCAAUGGGAGAGUCAGGAACACUGGGGUGUCUGUGGUGGAGGAAACACGUAAAAUCUUGGAGCAAAUUGUCCCUGUAUGAAAGCCUUUAUAGUAGAACCUCACUUAUCCAAGCCUAGCUUAUCCAAGUUUCUGGAUUAUCCAAGCCAUUUUUGCAGUCAAUGUUUUCAAUAUAUCAUGAUAUUUUGGUGCUAAAUUCGUAAAUACAGUAAUUACAACAUAACAUUACUGCGCAUUGAACUACUGAUGACCGAGACGCCCGCUUUUAAAUUCAUCUGACCUGCUGCGGGGAGUUCCACAGAUCCGGAUCACCAGCGGAGCAGGAGAGUGCACGGACCACAACGAAUUAUUAUUAAUUUCUUUUAUCACUUUCCCCCCAGUCCUAACAUUGUAACUAAUCCCCCAAUAAAAGUAUCCUUUCUUUUAACUUGAA